AUGUCCCAGUGCUACUUUGGAAACGUCUCCUCCCGCUCCCUUAGGGGCUACCAAUGUUACCCAGGCUCCUCCUGUGGCUCUUCCUACCCCAGCAACCUGAUCUACAGCACUGACCUCUGCUCUCCAAGCACCUGCCAGCAAGGAUCCUCCCUCUAUAGUGGCUUCCAGGAGAACUGCUGUAAGCCUACUACGUGUCAGACUUCCCUUGUGGUCUCCAGCCCUUGCCAGAUGUCCUGCUACUGUCCGAGGAUCUCUAUGCACUGCAAUCCCUUCUGGUCAACUUACCCUGGAUCUCUAGGCUUUAGGUCCAAUAGCUUCAGCUCCCUCAGCUCUGGAUCUAGAAGCUGCUACUCAGUGGGCUGUGAAUCCAGUAGCUUCAGACCCCAAGGUUAUGGAAUCUGUGUCUUCCCUUCUCUGAGCCAUGGAUCAAGAUUCUGCCAUCCAACCUACUUUGCCUCCAGGAGCUGCCAUUCAUCAUGUUACAGGCCAGCCUGA